AUGGAAAGUGAAGAGGAGGAGGCGCGUCAGGAGGAGGAACAAGCCGAGGAGGAAGGUGUUGACGAUGACCCUCUACCUAAUCGCGUGAAUCUCUGGCCGGAUGAUUCGGAUGAUGUCCCUGAUGGAUCCAGUGACGAUGGGGCUGCCAAUAUCGGCGACCAGCCGACUUCAUAUCAAAAAGAACCCGAAUCUGACGACGUUGAAGUCUUGAUCGAUAAUCUGAGCCGUGUUGACCAAACAACUGGACACACCCAUGAUGCCAGCGUCGCGGAAUCGCCUACCUUUGAAGACGAAGAAAGUGACGAGAAUGAGAAAUACCACCCGUGGGAAGAAUCCGAGGGCGAGGAACAAAGGGCCAAGCAACUCGGAGCGGUUGAUCCUAAGCCUGCCAUUGCCGACGAGCCUUUGGAGGAGCCUUUCGAUGAGCAGCGUUCGGAUGACCAUCCUGUCAACGAAUCAUCAUAUCAAGAGCGCCCCCGUAAAAAUGAAUUACAAGAUCUGAGUCGAUGGCUUGCGCAGGAGAUAGAGUCAUCUCCCCAGGGCCCCCUAUGGGAAAUUCUUCGCAGGUGCAAACGAGUGUUGCGAACAGUUGCGAUCAAACCCAUGCCAGAGUGUCUUUCUGGGGCCAACUCCGAGGUUACAGAAAUGCGGCAGAUUUACUACGACAUUAUCAACACCUCCGCCUUGCCUUCAGAAACCCGAAAGGAGCUUAGCAAUCUCCGAGAGGCGGUCCGUAUCGAAGCGACGCGAAUCUUCGAGUACGCAGCUGAGGAGGCACCAGAAGAGACUGGCGAAGGUGCUCAGCUGUUAAAUCAAUUUGAGGCACACGUAGUGGGCCCGUUGAUUACUCUAGUCACGUUCGGCUACAGAGCUUACCAGACGUUGGGCUCGCCAGCUUAUGGACAGUACGAAGGGAUAUUGGAAUUGCUGAUGUGGUGCUGCACUCAGAUCUUCAAUUACGCGCAGACUUCCUACUUAAGCGGGACGAAAGCCAAGUCGAGGGUCAUUCUUCUGCCUCUGAGGCGCAUCAUCAAGGCUCUUGGGAUGGGCAACCUAGAUACAAGUGCAGCCUCAAGGCGGGUUUCAAGCAGUCAGCGUCCACGAGCCACCCAGGGUGAUAUGUCUUAUAUCCAGGAUGAUACCAUCUUCACGCAAUGGACGCAAGUGGCAGACUAUGAUAUACCCCCGUCACAGCGCCCAUGGUCUUUGGAUGAAGAGCGUGCCCUUCGUGAUGGGGUUCGACGAUUUUCUGGUAAGUCUCCUCCCUUCGAUGUCAGUCCUGGUGCGGUCAAACUAACUCCACUACAGAAUAUGGCGAUCCGAUUCCCUUGGUCAUGA